CAGUGUUUUGUUACUCCCCAAGUCACGAUCUAAAUCUGGGAUUAGGGCUUCUUUUCCAGUCGCUCAUUUGAACUCGAAGAGCCAAGUUCAUGGCACACACUGUGGCUCGCGCCACUCUUGGCCUUACUCAGCCAGCUAACAUCGAACACCCCAAGAUCUCUCUUGCUGCAAAAGAGAUCAACCCGGUAGAAUGGAUAGGGGACAUCCUUGCAGUUGGGGUCACUGAGAAAGACAUGGCCAAGGAUGAAAACUCCAAGUUUCAGAACUCAAUUUUGAAAAAAUUAGAUGGCCUGUUGGGUGGUCUGUUAGCUGAGGUCCUUUCUGAGGAGGAUUUCACAGGAAAAGCUGGCCAGUCAACGGUUCUUAGACUUCCCGGCCUUUGCUCUAAAAGGGUUGGUUUGAUUGGUCUUGGACAUUCAGCUUCAUCUCCAGCUGCUUUUAGAGGGCUUGGCGAGGCUGUUGCUGCAGCCGCAAAGACUGCUCAAGCUAAUAGUGUAGCUGUCGUCCUUGCCUCUGCAGAAGGGCUAUCAAAUGAGUCAAAGCUCAGUAUUGCUUCCUCAGUAGCGUCUGGUACUGUGCUCGGAAUACAUGAAGAUAAUAGAUACAAGUCAGAGUCGAAGAAACCACAGCUUAAAUCUGUGGAUAUUCUUGGUCUUGGAACUGGACCAGAGUUGGAGAAGAAGCUAAAGUAUGCUGAAGAUAUUUCUUCUGCCAUAAUAUUCGGAAGAGAGCUUGUGAAUUCACCUGCCAAUGUACUUACCCCUGCUGCACUAGCAGCGGAGGCUUCAAAAAUUGCUUCCUUGUACAACGAUGUUCUUUCCGCAAACAUCUUGACUGCAGAUCAAUGCAAGGAGUUGAAGAUGGGAUCUUACCUGGGAGUUGCUGCAGCAUCUGCUAAUCCCCCUUAUUUCAUCCAUUUGUGCUACAAACCUCCAAGUGGACUUAUUAAAGCUAAGUUAGCAUUAGUUGGAAAAGGAUUGACUUUUGACAGUGGAGGCUACAAUAUCAAGACUGGACCUGGUUGCUCGAUUGAGAUUAUGAAAACUGACAUGGGAGGUUCUGCAGCAGUUCUUGGUGCAGCCAAAGCCCUUGGGCAAAUCAAACCUCCUGGAGUAGAGGUUCAUUUUAUUGUCGCAUCUUGUGAAAACAUGAUAAGUGGGACAGGUAUGAGACCUGGAGAUAUUAUCACAGCUUCAAAUGGAAAAACAAUUGAGGUUAAUAACACUGAUGCAGAAGGCAGGCUUACACUUGCGGAUGCUUUGGUUUAUGCUUGCAACCAAGGUGUCGAUAAGAUAGUUGACCUCGCAACACUAACCGGGGCUUGUAUUGUUGCUCUGGGACCAUCAAUUGCAGGUGUCUUCACACCAAGUGAUGUUCUAGCGAAGGAGGUAUUUGAAGCUUCAGAGGUCAGUGGUGAGAAAUUUUGGAGGAUGCCCCUUGAGGAAAGCUACUGGGAAUCAAUGAAAUCAGGAGUUGCUGAUAUGGUAAAUACCGGUAGUCGUCAAGGUGGUGCGAUCACUGCAGCUCUAUUCUUGAAACAAUUUGUUGACGAGAAAGUACAGUGGAUGCACAUUGACUUGGCUGGUCCUGUCUGGAGAAAGAAGCGUGUAGCAACCGGAUUUGGUGUCUCAACUUUGGUGGAAUGGGUUAUCAAAAACUCUUCCAAGUGAAAAUUUGGAGCUUGCUGUGGUGACAUUGUGAAUAUGGAAGAAAAAAGACCAAACAAGUUACCGAACCAAACAUUAUAUCUAGCUUCAACUGUACCCGAUAAAUUUCAUUUCUUUUAUCACGGUUUAUGGUGAUUAUUGUGUCAACUGUACCCGAAAAUUUGG